CCCGGCCGGGGAAGAGAAGUCAGGUACCGGGGCAGCGGCUCGGGCAUACCCGGCCGACCGCGGAAGAGAGCAGCUGAGCAGCCAUGGAGCAUCGCGGGCUGGGGUGGCCGAGGCUACCCAGGCUGCUGGAGCUGCUGGCGGCGCUGGCGGUGCAGGCAGUGCGCGCCUCCGCCGUCGCCGCCGCCUCGCCGGACCUGUGUCUUUGGCCCAUGCCUCUCUCCGUGCAGACCACCCCGCGCGUGCUGCACCUCUCUCCCGACAACUUCUUCUUCGGCCACAGCUCCACUUCCAAGGCCGGCCCCUCCUGCUCACUGCUGCAGGAGGCGUUUCGGCGAUAUUAUGACUAUAUUUUUGGUUUCUACAAGUGGCAUCAUGGCUCUGCUGAUCUUCGUGUUGGAGUGGAGUUGCAGCAACUUCAAGUCUCAGUUAUCCUGGACCCAGAGUGUGACACUUUCCCCAAGAUCUCUUCGGAUGAGUCCUAUACUUUACUUGUGAAAGGACCAGUGGCCUCGCUCACUGCCAACAGAGUUUGGGGAGUAUUACGAGGUUUAGAGACCUUUAGCCAGUUAAUUUAUCAAGAUUUUUAUGGGACUUUCACUGUCAAUGAAUCCAACAUUGUAGAUUCUCCAAGGUUUCCUCAUAGAGGAAUUUUAAUUGAUACAUCCAGACACUUUCUGUCCAUUAAGAGUAUUUUUAAAACUCUGGAUGCCAUGGCUUUUAAUAAGUUUAAUGUUCUCCACUGGCACAUAGUAGAUGACCAGUCUUUCCCUUAUCAGAGCGUCACUUUUCCUGGAUUAAGCAAAAAAGGAAGCUAUUCUUCGUCUCAUGUUUAUACUCCAAACGAUGUCCGUAUGGUGAUUGAAUAUGCCCGAUUACGAGGGAUUCGGAUCCUGCCAGAAUUUGAUAGCCCUGGACAUACGCAAUCUUGGGGAGAAGGCCAGAAAGACCUCCUGACUCCAUGUUAUAAUGGAAAAGAGCCAUCUGGGGCUUUUGGACCUAUAAACCCUAUUUGGAAUACAACUUACAGCUUCCUGUCUAAAUUUUUCAAAGAAAUUAGUACCGUGUUUCCAGAUGAAUUCAUUCAUUUGGGAGGAGAUGAAGUAGAUUUUCAUUGUUGGGCAUCCAAUCCAGAAAUCCAGGAUUUCAUGAGGGACAAAGGCUUUGGCAGAAAUUUUAAGAAACUAGAGUCCUUCUAUAUGCAAGCGGUUCUGGAUAUGAUUUCAGCCAGAAACAAGAACUCCAUAGUCUGGCAAGAAGUUUUUGAUGAUGCAAGCAAGAAGGGUCGGUGGCAUCCUCAGAGUUCCAAACUCAUGCCAGGCACAGUAAUUCAAGUGUGGAAAAUGGAGGACUAUACUCAGGAACAAAGUAAAGUUACAGAAGCUGGCUUCCCUGUGAUCCUUUCUGCUCCUUGGUACUUAGACUGGACCAGUUAUGGACAAGACUGGAAACAAUACUAUGCCGUGGACCCUCUUAGUUUUGAGGGUUCUCAGGAACAGAAAAAACUUGUCAUUGGUGGAGAAGCUUGUCUAUGGGGAGAGUAUGUGGAUGCAACUAACCUUACUCCAAGAUUAUGGCCUCGGGCAAGUGCGGUUGGUGAGAGACUCUGGAGUCACAAAGACGUCAGAAGCCUAGAGGAUGCCUACAGGAGACUAAAAAUUCACCGCUGCAGAAUGCUCAGACGAGGAAUAGCUGCAGAACCUGUCUUUACUGGAUAUUGUGACCACGAGGACAGAAUGUAAAAAUGAGCUGAAACAGAAGAAAAAUAGGGGAAAAUGCCCACAAUCAUCU